ACUUUUCUCACUCGUUACUUUUGGCAAUAACAGCGUGCUAUUGUUUUCAAUGUGAAACUAAUUCGAUACGCAAAUCAUUAAAAGUCAAAUAAAUAAUUACAAGCAGCAAAAAGAGCAAAAGAGAUCGAUUUACGCACAAUUAACGUAAACAAAAGUAAAUUGCAGAAUUUGAGACUGAAACGAAAUUGUUUUGCAUUAAAGUUUGUGAACGUGUUCGAUGGAUUCUCACGGUGCCAAAAGAUCGGCGGAGCCCAACAUGUACGAGCAGUUGGCCAAGAAGAUUUGGCGACCCAAUGCAAUGAUCGAUGGCGACGCCCAAUCCGAAGAGUUGUCGACACCGAUACCGACGCCGAUAACAUCGCCACCGCCACCGGCGCCGCCUCAACCGCAAUCUCAGCCCGAGGGCAGCAAGAGCAUGAAGCUGCCCAGCGCUGAGUCAACGACUAGCUUUCUGGCCGAGGUGCUGAGCGCUCUCUAUGGCGAUACGACGGGACAUCCGGAGCAUGGCAGCUUCAGCUAUCACAAGGCAGCCGAGCGUUAUGCCCUCACUGGCGAUGGCAAGUUGGCCAAGCGAUCGUCGGGAUCGUCAUCGGCGGCGUCGUCGGGCAGCCAGUCGAGGUCACAGCAUUUGCCACCAGGAUUCGGGAAAGCAGAACGUGCGUUGUAUGAACGCAACAAAUUGGCAGCGGCGGCGGCUGCACGUCAAGUCAAUGCUAACGGCAAUGUUGGGAGCAAUUCUGUGGCGCCAAAUGCGAGCGGCGAUGCUGGCGUGGCGGGACGUGCAGCGCCAUCCACUAUUAACGAACUGUCUCACAUUUAUUUGCAGCUGUUGCAGCAACAACUGCCCCAGCAGCAGGCCCAACAGCAGCAGCAUCUGGUCGCUGGUGCACCGAACAACAUGUCCAUGCCCAUCUAUGGCUUGGCCUGCGGUCAUGUCAAUGACCUAACCCAGGUCUAUGCUCAGCUGUUGGCCGCCAAUUUUCCCCAGAAUGUCGCACAGCAGCAACACCAGCAGCAGCAACAGUCUUCCAGUGCAGCAGCUGCAACUAUACUCUAUGAGGCGAUGCUUCAACAACGUGUCCUGCAGCAGUUGCAGCAACAACAAAUGCAACAGCAUGCCCAGCAGCAACAACAACAACAGCAGCAACAACAACAACAGUCGCGCACUCCACGUGGCAUCUACGGAGGCAACUACAACUUGAGUGGCGGCAACAAGACGCAGCAGCCGGACAGCAAAUAAUAUUUAAAUAUUUGCUUAAAUGUCA